CUCAAAUACCUCGGGUCCACCCUUUCAACGGAUAAAAACCCUCUCUGGACUCAUCUUCUUCCUCUCGCUACUGAAUCUUAACCCGACCCAAAUUCCGACUGCAAUUUCCCCAAAAUCCUUGUCUCCUUUUCCGGAAUGGCCCCUACAAAUCCCGAAACCUGGACCCAUGAACCCUCAAUUAUCAAGGAGAACGAACUUCGAGAGAUGGCCGCGCUCCUGGGCAAAAGCUUCCGGGUCCGCCAUCCCGAUGCCGUCGGGGGAAUCAGUUUAUCUUACAAUCCGAAUCCCCAAAAAUAUAUGGUCAUGCAUUACCACUCCGUGGAGAAUGGAUUUAGGUUGCCCCUCCACGGCCUGCUCCGCGACCUCUGCCUCCAUUUCGGAUUUGCUCCGGGUCAAUUAACUGCCAACGCGCACAAGUACGUCGCGUCCUUCAUCUUGCGGUGCUGUGCCCUGGACAAAACCCCGAAACUGGACGAAUUCCUUCUCCUCUUUAGUAUCGGUGGUUUCCCCUUUUACAGCCUAUACCCCCAUAACCAUUUUCCCAUUUUUGAGAAGGUUGAGCUCAAGAUCGACAGAUGGUCACUGAAAUACUUCGUUAUUGAGUUUCCGGCUCACAGCCCCAUCGAUCUGCCGGGUGUUGUCCUCCGCCGUUCCAUUUCCCGGACGAAAUUCGCCACAGCAGACUUGGCGGAGGGAGUGUAUAAUGCCUUGAGGGAGAAGGAGGGUUUAAUUUCCCACCACUCUCUCCAAGAUGCUAAACUGUACAAGAAGGCAGGUUUUUACUACCCCCUAGGUCCUGACCCGAUUCCCUUUGAGGGGGUGCCUUCUCCUGAGAGAUCGAAGGCUCCUCCCGUUGCAGAGUCUACCCCGGCUGCGAGCUCUUCUAGGGACCAACCCCAAGGCAACUCCACAGCCUUAACUAUCUACAAAACGGCUACCACCUUGGAGGUCACUCCCAUCUCUGCCAUCCCUGGGCUUAGGAGACCUAUUCCAUCCCAGAAACGACCAAGAGAGGGAGUCACUGAUGAUGACUUCCUACCAAAGAAGAAUAGGGGUGAUAGUAUCUCUGUUUCGCCCAGCCCCCUGUCAACCUCUUCUGGUCCUCAGAACGCUUCUUCUGCUGCCACUCUCGGAAGUUUAGGGCUGGAGUUACCCAACCCGAAAAGUCUGGAUCAUGAGGCAGAUGAACUUCCAGGCCAGGCGUCACUCACAAAACCAGCGGUGCAACCUCAGCUUGAUACAAAUGAUCCCCUCCCUCAAACUGCAUCUGCCCCCCUAGAACUGGAGGAAGAAGCUGAGGGACAGCAGGAACCAGAGUCUUCUCCUGCAGUGGAGAAGGAAGUUGAAGUGCAGACAGAAACGGAAAUCCCCUCCCCAAAGGAGGAUGAGGUUGGAGAGCAGAGGGACGCUGAAGCUCCUUCAGAGAUGGAGAGAGAGACUGAGAAACGACCAGAGCCGGAGGGACAGUGUUCUACGGCCUCACUCCCGGCUCCUAAUAUCCCCAUCCGGCGCAAGUUCACGCCGCUGACCUAUCCCGUUUUUACGGAAGGCUGGGAAAGCUUCUCCCGUGGUCUGAGGUCCCUACAGGCCUCCCAUUGGACCAUCCAGGCAAACCUUGGGAGGAUGAGGGAAUCCGUGCAGGAGCCUACAGCUCCCCAGGCUCGCCCCGACCUGCUUGCCCUCAAUGCCCUGCACCUCAUGGAGCAGGCCCAGCAGUCACUCCUUACCCUGACUGAGGAGUACCUAGGUGGAGCAUCUGGAAACUUUCGGGCUGUUGUGCUCCUGAGGGAGAGGGAUCUGGCUGCCAGGGCCUUACAACAGAAGGUCAACUCCCUGGAACAACAGGUCCGGGUCCUGCAAGAAGAGAAUGCUCGGCUCAAGGUAGAUGGCUCAAUGGAACUUGCAGCUGAGAGAUCAAAGGCCCAGUCCUUGCAAGAGCAGAUUGCCAAUUUCCAAAAGGAGACCCAGGACCUAGAAGUGCAGUUUGACAGAUUCCGGGCACAAAUCUCCAUCCUGGAAUCAAGGGUCUCAGCUUCAGAGGGCCAGGUAGGAAGCCUGAAAGCUGAGUUGGCUGAAAGGGAGUCCAGGAUUUCUGAGCUGGAGAAUUCCCUCCAGGAUGCCAAGCAUGAGAGUUCCCGUUACAAUGAACUCGCCCUGAAGCAGAUGGAAGCAAGACGGCUCGACCUCGAGAAGUUGAAGGGAGAGAGACAGGCUGCAAGUGAGCUCCGGUCAAAGGUGGAUGAACAGGAGAAGAUGAUUGCUGCUCAUCAAGAGGAGGUGGCCACCCUGAUCGCACUUUGGAUGACUUCAUCUCCUACUAUGGGUUACCUCUUCCUCUUUCUCCCCCAGCUUCUCGUGCAGACCCGGGGUCUUGACUUUAUCCUUCUUUGUUGACCGUUAUAUUUUGCUUUGUAAUAUUUGGAUGGUAGUCAAUUGAUAAUACCUGAUGUAAUUUUGUCCAUAUAGACUCCUUCAGUAAAUCUGACUGUUUCCC